CAACGUCCAAUGUUUGAUUGUCUAAUACUAGUGACAGAAAUGAUAAGCAGUUAGUCAUGUGAUACUUUAUAUCGUUGUUUUGGUAAAGUGAUAAAAAGUUUUAAGAAUUUAAGUUAUAUACAGGAAAGGGGAGAAGAGUUGAUAUCCAGUAAAGACUGACCAAGGGAAGUAAAAUUAAGUAAAAAUGUAUUCAGAUUUCAUUCAACACAUUCUACCUCAUCAAAGCAUGGACCAAGAACACCAGCAACUGUCCUUAGCACCUGUUGUUCAGAUGGCAAAAGAUUAUGCACUCAUAAAUGGCAUAUCCAUGCGGGCUAAAGAGUCUUGUGAAGAUGACAGCGUGGUCUUACUACCAUUUUGUCUUUUUCCAUCACCAUUUCCAAAAAAGAGUUUUGAAUAUGCAAAGUUCAUUCAGAAAGAUAUUAAUUUACUAAUUCAUCAAGUGGCUUACAAUUAUGAAUUCUUAAGCUCCUGUUUAAAGAAUACGAUUCAAACAGAUGAGUUCACAGCAAAUUUGUUUAGUAUAUAUGAAGAAGUCAUGAAAGAAGGUUUUGCUCAACCCCUAAGUUUGGGAUUGUUUCGGUCUGAUUACAUGCUAAACAGUACUAGUAAAGAUGUGAACUUUGAAGAUUUGGAGAUAAAACAGGUAGAGAUUAAUACAAUUGCAUCAAGUUUUGGUGGACUCGCACCUCGAUUGGAAAGUUUACAUAGGCUUGUUUUGAACGUGUGUGGAUGUCAAGAGCUUACUCAAAAGAUUCCUGUAAACCUAGCUGUCAGUGGAUUAGCUGAUGGUUUAGUUGCUGCAUGGGAAGUCUAUGGUAAACCAGAAGCAGUUAUUCUUUUUAUUGUUGAAGAAGAAACUUAUAAUAUAAGUGAUCAAAGGUGUUUAGAGUUUGCUGUUCGAGAAAAGAGAAAAGAUGUUCAUGUGACAAGACAGAAAUUUUCAGAACUUCAGGUGAAUGCUGUGUUAAAAGAGAAAGAGCUUCAUGUGAAAAACCAAGAAGUUGCUGUGGUUUACUUUCGUACUGGUUAUGUUCCUGAUCACUAUGGUACACAGGUCAGUGGAAGCAAUUAA